AUGAGUGAAGGUGGUGGUGGUGGCAAUGGUUCUUCUCCGAAGCUUUAUGCACACAAGCCCCGAAAAGCGCAACUGAAGCAAUUUCGUGGGCAACAGACACCAAAGGAGUUCUCUUCGCCACCGGUGAUGGGGACUCAAACGGCUACUCCCCCGCCGCCCAAGGAAUCGUUUAUUCGGCGCUAUAGGUUCCUUUGGCCUAUGCUAUUGGCUGUCAAUCUCGGGAUCGGAGUUUAUUUGUUUGCAAGAACAAGCACAAAGAAGAAAGAUGCUGUGGAGGAGGAAAAAGAUGGAGCAAAUCAAAUUCCAGCUAAUGGUACAGCAAGUCUCAUUUCAGCUAAUGGUACAGCAACCCCCAUUUCAGUUAAAGACGCUCUAGCUCUUCUUGCCGAACAAUCUGUCUCCACACCAUCUUAUACAAAUCCCGCAAUCAAACGAGAACCAAUUCCAGAAGGCCAACAACGGGAACUCUUCAAGUGGAUAUUGGAAGAGAAGAGGAAGAUCAAACCGAAAGAUGAAGAGGAGAAAAAGAGAAUUGAAGAAGAGAAAGCUCUACUUAAAAACCUUAUCCGGUCAAAAUCUAUCCCAAGUAUCUAA